AUGUUCUCGAAUGUAUGUUUACUAUUUGUUGUGACUUUAAUUUUUACAACAAAAACACGUGGAUUUCCUCGUUAUCGUCGUCAACUGAAUCAACCGAAAAACAAUUUUUUCGCUGUUGACCAACGAACGAGUUGGGCAAGUCAUCCUGCUGGUUCUAUUCCAGGCACUUAUUAUUAUGGUGUCGGAUCUGAUCCGAACUAUGGAUCAUUCAUAAAACCUGAAAAUCGUCCACACUCUGCUAUUUUACCAAUAAGUUACGAUCCGGAUUCUAGUCUAAGUAGUUAUCUUAUUAAUUCAAAUCGACCACUAUCAAUGCAACAAUUACAACAGCAGCAAUAUUUAUACAAUAAUAAUUACGCAUGGCAGAGACCAAAUAUGAAUAAUUACUAUAAUAAACCCUAUAAUGCCUAUUCACCAGGGAAUCAAGGAUGGUAUGCAACUGGUGGUAAUUAUUGGUACAAUAAGGGACCAUAUCUCACCCUACAGCCAUAUGUUUUGAUUUCAAGCAUUUUCAUUUUGAUUACUUGCACAUAG